GUCAGGCUGCGGUACAAUGUUUCCUGUAAAUCACAUGGAAGCUGGAUGACAGUUUGUAGAGAGUGGGGGACGAGCGAGGGGUGUAAGAGCUGAGUAGUAUAGUAUGGCUGUGGCUGUGGCCUUCAUCCUGACAAUGUCUACACUCCAAGGUAUUUGGUGGUCAAAGCGAAAAGAAAGUCAAGGCCAAACAUUAUUUGAGAUUGGAAGGAAAGAAGCCAUUGCUCGCAAUAGCUGGACUGCAGAUGCAAAGUUAAGGGCGAAAUUAACAAAUGCUUCUCAAUUGCUUGGAGAAAUACCGAUACCUACAAAUUUACAGAUUCAUGCUUAUAAUCUAAAGUAUGAGCUUAAAUGGGAUGAUGUGCAACGAGAUAAUUACAGUGUGAGCUAUACUGUACAGCGCAAAAGAAUUUGUGAAGCACAAGUAAACCACAAAAUGAACAUUAAUACUAAUGUUGGAAACUGGGCAGACGUGAAGGGAUGUAAAAGCAUCAACGAAACACAGUGUGAUUUAACUUCAAAGAACAUCCAUUUUUUGGGAAGCUAUACCUUCCGUGUACGAGCACAACAGGGGAAUCAAACAUCGGCUUGGUUGAAAUCAGCAUGCUUUGCACCCUAUAAACACAAUAAAAUUGGUCCUCCGUCGAUACAAGUGGACUCAAAUGAAAAUACUCUUAACGUCUACAUCUCAGUCCCACAAACAGAAAAUAGCAAAUCCAUCCAGAAAACUUACAAAGAUAUUAAAUACAGGAUAAUCUUCUGGAAAAAAUAUUUAAACAAAACUAUACAUGUGAAAAACAGCACGCGUACACUAGUGUCACUGGAACUUGAACCUUGGACUACAUACUGUCUGCGUGUUCAGAUUUUCAGCUCUACAAUUGGAGUGGAAGGACAGUUUAGUGAGGUGGUAUGCAAAAUGACUAAAGGUACUAUUCCACGGUGGCAGAUUGGUGUAACCUUUAUUAUCUCACUGGUGGUUGUUUUUGGUGUGACAUUAGGAUGCUUAUUCUGUAUAUAUUGCACAUACCGAUGCAUAAAGUAUGCCUUCUUUCCACCACACAUUUUGCCAGAGCAUUUACAAGAGUAUUUCAGUGAACCUACCCAGAAUGCAUUCAUUGAACUAGUACCAGAGGAAGAUGCUGAAGAAUGCUGUGAUCAACUCAAAGUCAUUUCUGAAACUGAAAACCUGAGUACAUACUCCAGUUCUUUAACUUUACCAAAUACUGGAAAUGAGAUAAGUGAUGACAAUGGUCAAACCAGUACAGAUUCUGGACAGUUUUCUAAUGAAGGAAGUUCCAACAGUAACAGUUCGGAAGAAUCAGAGGGAAGUGUAUUAACAAGGCUAGAUCUGCAGACUUCAACUGGGUCCUUUUAUGAUUAAAGAUUCUGUUGAUCUUCAACAUUUCAGGGAAAUGGUUGUUCAAGCUGCCAUAAGCAAAUAUGGGUGCGAAAAAAAUAAAUAUUUUGGAUGUGGGGACCAAAUAUUAUAUUUCCAGAUUUGCUGAUGGCACAAAACUAGGUGGAAAUAUGAGUUGUAAGAAGAAUGCAAAGAUGCUUCAAGUAAAUCUUAAACUGACUAAGUGAGUGGGCAAGAGUUUGGCAGAUGAAAAAUGAUAUGAAAACCUUUGGAAUUGUCAACCUUGGUAAGAAAAACAGUUUCUCCUAAAUGGUGGAAGAUUGGAAAAUGUUGAUUUUCAAAGAGACCUGGGUGACCUUAUUCGUACAUCACUCAAAGUUAACAUUUUUAUGAUCCCAGCUGAUACUACUACUGGAGAAGUCAUUCUGGCCUAACAGAUCUUAUUUUUUUAAAGUUAUUUAAUAUGAUGGUCAUUAAUUGAAACAUUGUCACUCGAGGCUGCAGUGUUUCUGUAACAAUAGAACAGAAUUUUGUUAUAAAAUAGUGAAAACGCAGAAAAAAAGCUAAUGAGAUCAAACAUAAUUAGAAAAAAAAACUUGCACAGUGAUUCAAAUUCAUAGAGGUUACCGCUAUAUAUCUAAUUACUAAUUUUGACUCAAUUGAUCUUCCUCCGUUCUUACCUAUGAAACGUGAAAUUGUUUUACAUGAGUAUGCACAAAUCUAAGAGUUUAGAUUUUCUCAGUCCCUAGUAGUCCCUAGUAGUCUGCAAAUUUCUAACCAGAUACUCCUGAUUUGGAUGUUGCACAAACUUAAUAUUUCUACUGAGGUAGUGGUGCUUGCCACGAACUGUUCUCCUCUCCUUUUUCAGAGAGAAACUAUAUUUGCUUCUACCCCAGCCAAGUAUCCUUCAAGUUCCAAAUAACAUUUGAUCUCUGGAUUUCCAAAUAAACAAUCAAGCUUUGAUCCUGAACCAAAAAAAAACACUAGCUGAUGGCUCUCCGUGUUUACCCACAUUCAUAAACCACCACAUUAUAACAAUUCUCCAUUAAGUCUAAAAGUUUCAUGCUCUCUGACAGAUACUGGAUGAGGUCACUGCUCCAGAAAGACUGCCUGACCAAGAUCAUUUUUUAAAAGCUGUUCAGAAAAGUUACCACAACCCCAUAUGCCACUGCUCUACAAUCCAGAUUGUAAAAUUGAUACAUACAUAAACAUAGAGACAGUGAUCCAUUUCAUUGCAAAUGCAGGUAUGUUCAGCAAUUAGGAAGGCAAAAGAUAUAUUAAGCUUUUUAUGCUAGAGAGUUUGAAUACAGGAGUAAAGAUUCUUUUAAAGAACUGGUUCUCGAAGUGUGGGUACCAAAAGAGUCUGUUUUAUAUAGAUACCGUGGUGCACAAAAUACUUGGUGAGACAGAUAGCGCUAGCAAAGACAAUAGAAAGUCAUUAAGUGAAGUCAGAGUCAGGCAGAAAGCAACAAAAUCUAAAUCAGCGAAUAUGCAUGAGUGUGUGGAAUAUGGUAAAUGAGAUUGGAGGGUUACAGGCACAAAUUGCCAUGUGGAAUUAUGAUGUGGCAAUAAUAGGCCUGGCUUGAGAUUUGGCAGGACAUGUCUGACGUUCUUGGUUACAAAAUGUUCAAAAAAGAUGGGGAAGGAGAAUGGAAAAAGUAGGACAAACAGAUCCAAAGCUGACUGGAUGAUAAAAGAGAUAGAGAACAUGUUAAUGAGGAAAGCGUGUGAAUGGACUGGAGUCUGGUAGUAACUACAUUUGAGAAUUAAACUGAAUAUAGAGGUCAAAAGGGAAGUGAAAAAGCAAAUAAGACCAGUAGGUUUAUUAAAAAAGACAAGUAGUUUAUUUAAAGGGGAAUACCAAAGUUCUCUUUAGGCACAGAAAUAAAAGGAGGGUUAAAGGAGAAGAAAGAUGCCUUCAUGGGUAAAACCCCUCUCUGGGGAAGAGGCAUGAUUGUGCUGUUAAAUGAAUACUCCGCACCUGUUUUUACCUUCAACGCAGAUAGUCACCAUGACAUGGACACAGAGAAAGCAAGUCACUGACAAGAAGCCCUUAAAAUGAUAAGGCAGAGACUUUGGUUAGGGUGUUUGUCCUUAAAGUUGAUAAGGCAGUCAGAGCAAACUAGAUGCAUUCAAGGAUAUUGAAGGAAUUGCAAAAUGAAAUUGUAGAAUUACUGGCAAUAAUCCUCCCUGGAUUCAGUGCCAGAGGAGAGUGUAGAGUCAGACUGACAAAGCUCCAUUUGUAGAAGCUCUUUACCAAAACUGCACAUUAUAUGGCUGAAGAAAACCUAAAUUUAACGAAAAGCUUUCAAACAAUGUGGUUAAGAAUGUAAGUAGUUAUCUGUGCACACUCCAAUGUAAUGGAUUGAGUAAGCAAGAGUGACCUGUAGAAUUUCCACUGUGUAGUUUCAAACUACUAAUUUUUCAGAUCAUAUUGAGUUGAGUCUUUAAGAUUUCUCUUGUCUAUCAUGUGCAGUCCCCUCAUCAAGACCUUUUACCAAGAGGGGAAGACAUUUACACAGUUAUAGAAUCAUAGAGAUGUACAGCAUGGAAACAGAUCCUUUUGGUCCAACCUGUUCAUGCCGAUCAGAAAUUCUGACCUAAUCUUGUCCCAUUUGCCAGCACUUGGCCCCUAUUCCUCGAAACUCUUCCAAUUCAUAUAUCCACCCAGAUGCCUUUUAAAUUGUACCAGCCUCCACCACUCUGUGGCAGGUCAUUCCAUGCACACACCACCCGCUGCGUGAAAAUGUUGCCCCUUUGGUUCCUUUCAAAUUUUUCCCUCCUCACCCUAAUAUGAUGCCGUCUAGUUCUGGACUCCCCCACCCGAGGAUAUUACCCUAUCCAUGCCCCAGAUGAUUUUAUAAACCUCUAUAAGGUUACCCCUUAGCCUCUGAAGCUCCAGGGAAAACAGCCCCAGCUUAUUCAACCUCUCUCUAUAGCUCAAAUCCUCCAACCCUGGUAACAUCCUCCCAACUCCUAUACUCAGUACACUGAUCAAUAAAGGAAAGCAUACUAAAUGUCAUCUUCACUAUCCUAUCUACCUGGGACUUCACUUUCAAGGAGCUAUGUAGCUGCACUCCAAGGUCUCUUUGUUCAGCAAAACCCCAGAACCUUACCAUUAAGUGUGUAAGUCCUGCUCUGAUUUACCCCUCCAAAGUUCUCUAGUUUAUCAUUGGUGUUGUUCUUUUCAUAUUAGUUAUCUGUUAUGAAUAUUCAUUUCCUAUCUAUAUCCAAUGGACCAAGCAUACUACAUUCUUCAUGCAAGUGCUUUCUCCUCCGGUCUCCUGACUAUUUCUGGUUGUUCUUGCUGCCAUCUUUCAAUUAAUGGGAUCAAGAAUUUGGAAUUUUUUUUCUUUCUUUGUACUCUUUUUUUUUCCUUUGUCACUUCAAAUUGUGAAUUUGAAAGUGGUGUUCUCCAGGGAUCAGUGUUGAGACCUUAGCUUUUUCUGAUUUAUAUAAACUAUUUGCAAAUGAAUGUUGAGGGCAAAAUUUACAGAUACUAGGCUAAGGUGAGUAGUGAAUUGAGAAUGAUGCUGUGACUUCAGAGGGACAUUCACAAGUUGUUCAAAUCAACAGACACCUGGCAGAUGAAUUUCAAUGCAGUUAAAUGUGAGGUAAUGCAUUUAUGUAGAAGAUACAUGGAGAGAGAACACAGGCUCAAUGGUACAACUUUAAGGGGAAUAUAAGAACAGGGGGACCUCUGGGUUCAAUGCAUAAUUAACUCAAGGAAGGUCAGCCAAGUUGAAAUAGUUGUUAAGGAAGCUUAUAGGAUUCUUGGGUUUAUAAAUAGAGCCAUAGAAUAUAAAAGCAAGGAAAUGGUGCCGCACCUCUACAAUAUCAUUGGUCAGAGUACAGUUGGAGUAUUAUGUUCAGUUCUGGACACCUUGUUUAAGGAAGGAUGUUAACGCCCUGAAGAGAGUGCAAAGUAGAUUUACUAAAAUAAUAUAAGUUUUAGAUACAAGGAAAGAUUAGAGAAAUUGGGCUUAUUCUUGGAGUAGAGAAGAUUAAGAUGUGACCUUCCUGUGGUGUUUAAAAUGAACAGCAAUUUUGACAAGAUAAAGGAGGAUAUUCUGUUUCCAUUAGUUGGUUUGUCAGUAACUAGGGGUCACAAUUUCAAGCUCAUAGCCCUGAGCUACCGGUUGCCUGCCACUUCAACACACCACCCUGUUCCCUGGCCAACAUCUGUGUCUCAGGCUUGCAGCAGUGCUCCAGUGAAGGUCGGUGUCAGCUGAAAGGUCAGCACCUCAUUUUCUGUUAGGAAACUCUGCAGCCUUCUUGGACUCAGCGUUGAAUUCAACAAUUUUAGGGCGUGAGCACCUUGUACUAUGUCCCUAACCCCCUCACAACAGGCCUUGUCAUCAUAUGGGCUGCUACAACAAGCAAUUCUAUCAACCACUACUGCUGCCCAUUAGUCGCUACUCACUCCCCAGGCUGACUUUUACCUUUUCCUUUGUCUGUCCAACUGUGUUUCUCUUCCUCUGGGAUCAGUCUCCAUCUAUCAUUUAUUCCUCCCCUCCACCCCACCUACAGCAUAUAUGCCAACCUUUCAUAGCUGUAAUCAGUUCUGAAGAAGGGUCAUUGGACCUGAAAUGUUAAUUCUGAAUUCUCUCCACAGAUGCUGCCAGACCUGCUGAGGUUUUUACCAGCGAUUUCUGGUUUUGUUGCUGACUUCCCAUUAACUUUCUCUCUCCUCACCAUCCUAGACCCCAGAUGCACCUUCCAGGUGAAGCAGCACAUCACUCAAUCUAGUCUACUGUAUUCACUGCUCUAUACACUGGGUGAUUGCUUUUCAGAACAUAAUAUUCUGCCUCUGAAAAUGACCCCAAGCAGCCGUUUGCCUGCCACCUCAAUGUACCACAAUGUUCCCUGGUCAGCAUCUCUCUCGGGCUUACUGCAGUGCACAAGUGAAGCUCAGUGUGAGCUGGAAGAGCAGCAUCUCAUUAAUGCCCGGAGACUCGGCAGCCUUCUAGACUCAAUUUUCAGUUCCAUAAUUUUAGGAUUGAGAAGUGAAAUCGCUGGAAAAACUCAAUAGGUCUGGCAGCAUCCAUAGAGAGAAAGUAGAAUUAAUGUUGGAUUCAGUGACCCUUCUUCAGAUUGGCCCCCAUUAGCAGCCCAGAGAGAAAGUGAGGACUGCAGAUGCUGGAGAUCGGAGUUGAAAAGUGUGGCACUGGAAAAGCAUAGGUCAGGCAGCAUCCGAGGAGCAGGGAAGUCGACAUUUCAGGCAUAAACCCAUUAGCAGCUAUUGAUUCUCCCAGGCUGACUACUACCCAUUCCUUUGCCCAACUGCUCCUCUCUCAGGGUUCCAUCUCUGCCUAUUGUUAACUCCUCCUCCCCCACUCCCCCCACCCCAUAUUAAACAUAUAAAGCAGCGUUCUUAGCUACAAUCCGUUCUGAAGAAAGGUCACUGGACCCAAAAUGUUAACCUGCUUUCUCUCCACAGAUGCUGACUGACCUACUGAAUUUCCUCAAGUUCUGUUUUUUGUUUUCAAUUUACAGCAUCUGCACCUGCUACUGCCGGCCUUUGGGUUUCAAAAUGGAUAUUGUUAUUGUCAGCAUCACAAUAAACCUGCAAGGCAGGGUUAAACAUCCCUCCUCAUAUUCCGUUUAUUUGAGGAUGAUGGUUUCAAUGACUUUAAUCAAAGCAAUGAAAAUGCCAGGUACAGGUAGCAUGUGCAUAAAGAGACAGUGCUUCAGGUAAUCAGAACUGGAAGAGGAUAGAGAUUUAACAUAGGCAAAAGGUGAGGGUUGGGAGAAAACAAAAAGGAAGGUCUGUGAGCGAUGAAAAACAAGAAGCUGACUAAGUGCCUAAAGGACUGAGAGUACAUGGUAGAAGAUGUAGUGAUGGCGCAAAAAAUAAAACAAAAGAUGGAUUUAGAGGAAUUACAAAUAGCAGCAGCAGAACCCUCGUGUACAAAUUAUGGGGUCAAUGAUUUAUGGAGUCAAAUCAUAAAAAAGCAUGGAAAAUAAUGACUGUGUAAAGUUGAAAGACGAGGGACUGUUUCUCAAUCUAACUGGACCAGUGUCACAGGCCAAGGUCAGUAUGGGCAGGGAACUAAAAAGAAAGUGGAAGUCCUGAAGUGCAUUUUUCAGUAAAAUGAUGACCCCAAUCUGAAUUUGAUCCCAUUAAUGUAGAGUACAGCUCAUCUUUGUUUGGUUAGCCGGAUGAAUCGUUCUCUUUCAACCCAAACGGCAGACUGCUUUGAGAGUUCAUUUUAAAUAGCAUUCUAAUAUAAAUCAGGCAAGAAUCUGUUCUAGAGAUAAAUGGCCAAGAAAUCUAGCAAGUAUAAACAGGAUUUAUAAUCAAACUUACUCCUGUAUUACUAUAUUAUCCAGGGUCCUCAAUUAGCAUUUCAAACCAUUGUCCCAGUUGGGUACAGAAAUCCAGGCUAACUUAAUUCUAUGUACGGUCCAGCUCAGUGUUCCAGUGAAUAUAGUAACAAAUUUGGGGACAUGUUUGCACUGCUACCAAUGUUUUUCCUCUUGACCAAACGCAAGCUGAGAAACAGAUGCCAGAACAUUAUUUUAGGCUUCUUGUUAUGAAAUGAUGUGCAGGUCAGGUGAAUUGGCCAUGAUAAAUUGCCCGUAGUGUUAGGUACAUUAGUCAGAGGGAAAUGUGUCUGAGUGGGUUACUCUUCGGAGGGUCGGUGUGGACUCAUUGGUCUGACUGGCCUGUUUCCACACUGUAGGAAAUUUUUUUUAAAAAUCACCUGAGACAAAUUCUUAAAAAGCUUUAAAAUACUGUAAAAGUCUGCUGUAUCUGCUGGACCAUUGUUUUCCACGCAGUUUGCAGGAUGAAUUAUCCACAGGACGGAUGCUUACGCUUGGGAAAAUGAUGUAGAUACAGAUUUGCACAUCUUCUCACUGCAGUGUGUUAGUUUGAAUGUAGGGGGAAGAGAAGACAGUGGUCACCUCUUGUGCACCUUACCUGAGACCAAUGCCUCAUCCCUCAUUGAUGUCCAGCUCUUGCUCUGCCAACAAGUCACUUUUCACUCAUGGGUAGUUUGCCAGAUGUCUUUGCAAGGCAAAUUAUGGUAAAUCAGAAUAAAGAUGGAAGAUGUGGCACAGACAGAUCCGUGUGUGUAUGUUUUGUGUAUGGUUUGGUUGAUAUACCUGUAACCCUAUUCUAGGAACUAUGUGACAGAGGUCUGCUGCAAAAGCAUCUCUGAUAUUGGCAAAUUCUGGGGGACCUUCGAACACGAUUGACUCUUUGCUAGGAAGUUAACUAGCUUUAUCCAUUGGGUGGAAUGAAAUUCCUUCACAAUAAUAUGACUGUAUCCUGUGUCACAUCCUGUUUACCAGUGUCAUUUGCUGCAACAGCAGUCUGUAGUACCAUGUUUCUGACACUUGAUGGCAGCAUUUUGCAGAGCAAUGUCCUUCCAUGAUCCAAAUCUGUCAUUACUUUGUGAUUUUAAAAUUCUCAGUUUUCUAUUGUUGCCUCUUAAAUCAAUGGAUUACUAAAGUUGGCUUUGGAUGAAUGUUUACAGCUUCUGUGUUGCAAGUUGUUUACAGGCAAUUUGCUGACUGUU